AUGAAACAGACAAUUAAAUGUGGGACAUUUUCCCCCCGGAAUGCCUUGCUGCUGAAACUGGGAUUUGGAGUCAAAACCGUGUUAGAGCCGCCCACCUUCUGGAGAGGAGGGACCAAGGCCUGGAGAGUAAGGCACCCAGGAGCCGAAGCGGUUAUUUCUAAAGGAAUUGCAGGCACUCUGAGGGCACUGACCUACAUCUGCAUUUCUCUGUGUGCCUGGUACGCUGGGUACCUGCUGGCAGAGCUCAUUCCGGACGUCUCCCUGUCCAGGGCGGCCUAUCACAUCCGGAGCAUCGGUGAGAGGCCCAUCCUCAAAGCCCCGGUCCCCAAAAGGCAAAAAUGUGACCACUGGGCCCCAUGCCCCCCGAACACCUAUGCCUACCGGUUACUCAGCGGCGGCAGCCAGGACAAAUACCCCAAGAUCUGCUUUGAGGAUGAGCUGCUUAUCGGAGAAAAGACUGGGAAUGUUGGGAGAGGAAUAAAUAUUGCCAUUGUCAAUUAUACGACUGCAAAAGUGAUAGCAACACAGUAUUUUGACAUGUAUGAAGGUGAUAACUCGGGAGCCAUGACACAGUUUAUUCGGGGUGCUCCGGUGCAGUCUCUGCUCUUCAUGGUGACCCAUGACGAUGGCAGCAGCCGGCUGAAGGAGGACGCCAAGAAGGCCAUAGAGGAACUUGGAAGCAAAGAGAUCAGGACCAUGCAAUUCAGGUCAAGCUGGGUGUUUCUCACAGCGAAAGGCUUUGAACUUCCUGCAGGAAUUCAGAGAGAGAAGAUCAACCACUCUGAUCGUGCAAAUAACAGAUACGUGGGCUGGCCUGCAGAAGUACAGAUAGAAGGCUGCAUACCGAAAGAGCCACACUAACAUU